GCCCCGCGCCCGCCGCUGCCCGACCCGCGCUGCCGCCGAGCACCAGGUCCAGGAGCCCAGGAGCCAUGGGCAGGGACGGCCGGCACCCGGCACCCUGGGCAGCCCGCUGCGGGCGGCACUGAGCUGGGGCAGACGGCAGCGGGACCAUGGGCUGCCGGCGGCGGCGGGGAGGCACGGCAGCAGGCAGGGCUGUCGGGGCGGUGUGCUGGGGGCUGUAGAGCCGGGCAGCGGGCAGCAUGCCCGGCAGCCUCUCACCCGCCUCCCGCGCAGCAUCCCUUCUCCGCGGCGGCGUGGGAUGAGGCCGCCCGCCGCCCCGGGCAGCUCCGGGGACGGGUGCAGCCCAGGGCUCCGGCCGCCGGUGCUCGGCCCCCAGCGCCCCGCCGCAACGCCCCACCACAGGGCAGCGGCCCCGGGGCCCUGAGCCAUGGUCAGCCGGGAGCCCCUUCCCGGCCCGGCCCCCGCCGGCGAGGGCAGCCAGGAGAAAGCCAUGACAGUGCGCUCGGUGCUGCUCAACCGCGACUCGCCCGACAUCGAGAGCCGCCUCAAGCGCCGGCGCAACCGCACGCAGCAGGUCCGCUUCAAGGACCUGGUGGAGGGCGGCGUGGGGCGGGCGGCCAGCCCCCCCCCUGGGCCCACAGCCACCACCGGCCCCAACACCCCACGUGCCUCGCCGCCCCCCAGGGACGCCCCUGAGCCGGCGGCUCUCUGUGCCUCGCGGCGGAGCUGGCCCCAGGCCCAGCCGGGCUCGCUGACGCUGCCCAUGCCCAGGAAGGCGUGCAUGAGCACCGCUAUCCAGACCUCCCCCAGCCUCCAGAAGCCCUUCCCAGCCUCCCAGCCCCGCAGCAAGAGCGCCUGCAACGUGGCCGGGGACGCCGUGCUGCCCGCCGCCACGGGGAGCGCCCGGUGCCCCGGACGGGCCGUGCCCACCGUUACCAGCUGGGCUAUGCCCCCGCGGGUGCCCGGCAGCCUCCCGGUGCACGAUCACGCCACGGCCCUCGCCCAGCACGCUGCCGUGUGCCGCGUGCCACCGCCACCGCCCAGGGAUCCCUGUCCCCCUCAUCUGGGCACGGCCGGCUGCCCCGCUGCCCGCUGCACCUCCCCGGCACAGAGCUGUGCCCCCGAGCCCUGCCCGCCGCCCUCUGCCUGCGCCCGGCUCCGCGGGAACCCCAGGGGCGGCCGCGGGAAUGCCCCACGCCCGGCUUCCGUACCCUGCGGUCAGCCCCGGCCGCCCGCCGAGCCACGGGGGCUUGGCCGCAGCGACUCGGAGCGGAGCCUGCCCCACGGGCGCCCACCGCCGCAGCCCUCGCCGCACCGCCAGCAGACCGUCCCCGCCACGGACACCCACGGCCUCCGCCAGCCAGCUCAGGGCAACCCCCCGCGGGACCCCCCGCCACCCCAGCACCAGCUCUGCGGCACGCCCUGGGGGGGGCCCUGCUGCACCUCGACAGCCCCCAUCCCACCAGCGCCAGGCUGGCACGGCUCUGCCGCCACCGUGCCGGAGAAGACACCAGCUGCGCUUGGCCGUCCGGACCCCCGUGGCAUCUGCAGCCGGCUACGCGACACCGAGCCUGGCCACGGCCGGGCAGGACCAGAGGGGCCCAGGGAGCCGCUGCCCCCAGCCCCGCAGGGCCCCGGCGUGGGGACGCAGCCGGCUGGCCGGGCACCACAGGUCCCCCCGCACGGGCAGCCCUGCCUCACCGCCGAGCAGUCUGAGACACUGCGCCACGUCCAGGACCUUCUGCAGCUGGUGGUGGCGGCCAAGGGGCCGGUGGGACCACCAGCGGGGGACGAGGACGCCCAGACAUCUCAGGGAGAGGGCCCCCGGAGGCCCGGGGAGCAGGGGGACCUGCAGUCCCAGCUGCAGUCCCUGGAAGGGGUGCUGGAGACCAGCCAACAAACCAUCCGGGUGCUGCUGGACGUUAUCCAGGACCUGGAGAAGAAGGAGGCCCAGCGGGACGGGCGACACUCGUACCGGACAGGGCAAGACAUCGCCAACUGUGGGACCUGCCGGGACUGUGCCUGCAUCAUCUACAGCGUGGAGCACGAUUUCCGGCAGCAGGAGGGCCGCUUCCAGCAGGUGCUGAGCCAUAUCGAGGGCGACACGACACCAAGCUCCCCUGCGGCGGCGGUGGGGGCCGUCUUGCCGCCCAGGCAAGAGCCGUCACCAGUGACGAAGCUGCCUGCAAAGCUGGACGCAAAGAAAUCCAGGCGCAAAUGCUUCUGGUUCCUGUGAGCCGGCGGUGCCCGGUGGGCCAGGAGCGCAGGGGCACCGUCCCAGCACUGACCCCCUGCCCACGUCUCCUUCUUUCUCUCCCUCCCUCUGAUGGUAGGGUUUGGGUAGCACCAGCUUUUAUAUUUUUAACCAUUCAGUUUAAUGUAUCGAAGCCCCUGUGUAAAUAAGGCAAGGGGAACAAUGGCUGUAUUUAAUGAGAAUUCAAUAAAUUCUACGGAGACGCUAUUUUUGUUA